AUGUUAUCCAUUACCAGUUCCAUCUACGAUCCACUAGGAUUCCUGGCACCUCUAGUAUUACCCACCAAGCUGCUGUUGCAGGAGUUAUGCAGGAUGAAAUGUGAUUGGGACGCUCCAAUACCUCCAGCUUUUCAGCAGAAGUGGAAUAAAUGGUUGACAGAUCUUGAGAAGGUGGCACAUUUCAAGAUCCACAGAUGUUUGAAGCCUGAAGGUUUUGGGAGGAUGGUAGAGGAGCAGCAGAUCUUGAAGCACUGUCCUACCCACUGGCUGUCCCUAGAGAAAUUCUGCAACUGCCUGCUGAACCAACUGCCGGCCUUGCGAAACUACUUUGUCAGUCAUAAAGAUGUUGAGAAACCGGGCAAAGUCAAGUUGAUAAAUGACAGGCUACAGGAACCCCUGACUGAGCUGAUACUGUUGUUCCUGCAGUACAUUAUGCCAAUGCUCAAUCAGUUUAACAUCCUUUUUCAAGGGAAGGAUUGCAUGGUUGGCAGUCUCCUCCCCGAGAUGGACAGGCUCCUACGGAAGUUUGCUGUGAAGUUCUUGGAGCUGAAGCAUGUCAAGUCCUGCAGGAACCUUAGGGAAUUUGAUGUGGGCAACCAGGAGCUGCAGCAGUCCGAUGACAAGCUUGCAGUGGGGCCUGCAGUCAGAUCUUACCUGGUGGAGCUAGAGGAAGACCUGGAUGCAAAAACUGUCCAGGUCGUCUUCUCCUCUGCCUUUUUCCUGCACCAACUACAGGUUACUUAUCUUCAGAACCAGGGGAUUAUUUUGCCUCAGAUGUACACAGCAGUUGUAUCCAAUGUAUUAAACUUAGCCUUCAACUACAUCCUCAUUUCCUGGAUGGGAGUUUUAGCACUAUUACAGGGGAUUGUCCUCGGUUCUACAAAAUCAGUCUUGGGCUUCAUCUUUACCAGUGAUAAAGCCAUUGCUAAGAUUGUGUCCGAAAAUUUGACCGUCUAUACUUUCUUACAGUUUGUCGAUGGCCUUGUGUGUGUGAGCUCUGGGAUCCUUCUGGGUUCAGGGAAUCAGAAGAUAGCAGCCAUAGCCAACCUGGUCUCUUACUACUGUAUCGGACUUCCUUUGGGAAUAUUACUCAUGUUUGCUGCCAAGCUGAGGAUUCUCGGUCUGACACUUAGUCUCUUGGUCUGCGUCGUCAUCCAAGCUUGCUUUUUCAUCACUGUCAUCUUUAAACUCGAUUGGCAAAAACUGACAGUGAAGGCCCAGAGACAUGCUGGAAAAACUGGGAAAGUGGACUGUGUAGGACAGGAGACACAUCUUGGCGUCCCAAUCAUGGACAACAUGAUUCCUGAAGGACCAGAUACCCGUGAGCAAAUACCUGCUGGAGGAACUUCGGUAUCCUCAGUAAACAUUUGCUUUAAACCAGUGAACACCAAAGAACUGACAAAGAGUGCGAAUGCUCAGGAUGAAGUGGAGGACCGUGAAGCAGGAGAAGUCCAACACAAAGCCCUGCUCUCGGUCCCACAGUUAGUGCUGAGGAGAGGAUUGGCUGUCCUGGCUGCAGUUCUGCUGUUGGCCGCCAGUGUUGUGGUUCACCUCACAUGCCCACUACCACAGCCAUUUGUCCAAUUUAAGAGCAACCUCACCACGGACUGGGGGAACCACACCAACCCUACUGCCUUCCCCAACUCUACAACUACUAACUACCCAACAGUGAGACCAAUCUAA